AUGAGAUCCUUUCUACCACUUCUCGCUUCGCUCCUCUUGGGCGCAACGCUUUCUUCUGCCCUCGACGAGGACAGUCAGCAGCAGUAUCUACGAACUAAUUCGAUAGUUGAAGGAGGCUAUGUCGGGCCGCCUAGGCUACCUGCCGAUUUCAUUCCGUCGGAUGUCGAUGUCAAGGUCACUGUUCUUGAACAAGAAACGAUCGAGGCACGCAAGCUUCAGACCUGUACCCCCACUGUUUUGGUUCAACAGUCCUGCUAUUCCACUUCUGACGUGAAAAUCAUCGCCGAAGUCAAAAUUUGCUCCGGUGUUCCUGAUGAAUGGUUAGGUAUCUUUCAUCCAACCGACACUGGCUUUGCCUCUGCACUCAAUUUCCAGUAUACCUGUGGUGGUCAGGCAUGCGGCGGUGCUACUGGGCCUCCAGAUUUCUUUCAGUCUCCUACCACCUACCUUUAUGAAUUUAAUGCGCAAACUACAGGAUCAGAGGGUUGGCCCUUGCCAGUUGAUUCAGGCUACCGUCUCUGGUACCAUUCCAAAAGUGGCUCCUAUGGAUCCAAUUCCUUCUCUGUUGGAAACUGUGGAGGACCAGUUGUCGCGCCCCCAACUGCUCCGCCACCGACUGCACCACCACCCACUGCACCAUCCACACCGGCAUGUUCGCAUUCGGUUUCGGUCAACCAAAACUGCUGGGGUCUUGGUCAGACAAUCACUGCCACUAUCAGCACUUGCGGUAAUAAUGUCGAGUGGGUCGGUAUUUGGGAUGCUGGUACCGGUAGCUUCCGCGCUUCUUACAACUGGCAGUACCUCUGUGGCAACCAAGGCUGCAAUAGUCGGAUCAGUGCAGGAACCCGCACGUAUUCCUUCAGUUCAGCUACUGCUGGAUCAGUCAAUUGGCCUUUGCCGGCUGGAAGAACCUACCAACUGUACUUCCAUUCUACCUUUGGAACCAUUGCUUCGCAAACAUUCCAAGUUACAUCUGGAACAUCCUGCAGUUCAUCACCCACUGCACCAACGGCACCUUCAUCGCCGACAGCACCAACAGCAGCCAGUAGUGCCCCUGCCACUACAGCAGGAGGAGGAUCCACUGCCCCUGCCAGUGCCCCUAUUGGAAUUCAAUAUGCUCCUGCCAGCGCAACCGAUUGCGCCGCUAUCCAAUCUGGUAACAUCGUGGUUGGACAAAGCGCCAUGCCAAGCCAGACCUUCUACUUUGUCUUUGCACUCGGAGUCUAUGGCCCAGCUCUGGAUUCAGCAACUGUGGCUUCAAUUGUGAAAACUGCAUUCCAGAAUUUGAUUUCUACGGGCGUGGUCAAUUGUUCGCACAGGAGAAAGCUCAUGCAAUACCGCCAACAACAACACCACAAGAAUCGUCGUCACAAGAACAGGCACCACCACCAUCACCAUAGACAACUGGAGUCGAGACUUCCAGAUGGUCGACGAAGAUUGGAAUUGGUGGAGAAUGUCAUCGGAAACGUUAUGUUCCAUCUUAUCUGUAAUGUCCAUCCCGAAUGCCAACCUGGUAUGACAGGAUGUUUCGAGUGCACUGCCUCUGUGGAGGUAUACAAGAAGGGACCAGCAGCUGACACCGACAUUGAGGCUCUGCUAACCAGCUAUCUUGAAGACCCCAACCUGCUCGUCGAUUCUGGUUUGGAGGACCAAGACUUUGCAUUUUUGCGAGCUGAAGAAAUCACAUUCAUCACCACCGACCCCACAUCUGGACCUACCUCGUUGCCUACAUCUGGACCGACAUCUGCGCCUUCGCCUGUGCCAACAUCUGGACCAACAAUCGGUCCUACGACUUCACUUCCCGGUAUCCCUGAUGGAGGAACAGGCGACGGUGGCGACGAUGAACCCAAGGAGGAUCCCGGUAAAGCAGGAAGCAACGGUGAUCCACACUUCAAAUCAUGGGCAGGCGACCAUUUCGAGUUCCAUGGCCAGUGUGAUUUGGUUUUGGCCAAGGAUGCUAAAUUUGCCGAUGGGCUUGGAUUGCAUGUUCAGAUUCGUACCAAGCUUGUUCGUUACUGGAGUUAUAUCAAGAGCGCCGCCAUUCAAGUCGGUGAUGACAUCCUUGAAGUUCAAGGAUCAGCUGAUACUGAAGAUAUUGGAUCUGCUCACUUCUGGUACAAUUUGGAAUACCAAGGCAAGAUGGAGACUGUUGGUGGAUUCCCUGUCUCUGUCCACAUUGAUAAUGGACCAAGACGCAAGCACAUCUUCGAGAUUGACUUGAGCUCCAAGUACCCUGGCCAAAAGAUUAUGAUUGAUCAUACCAUGAAGGAGUUCGUCAAGGUCGAUUUUGUUGGUCCUUCCAUUCAAGCCUUUGGCAACACCGUUGGAAUGUUGGGAGACUUCAAGACUGGAUCUAAAUUUGCUCGUGACCAAAUCACCGUCAUUGCUGACUUUAAUGAGCUUGGUAACGAGUGGCAAGUCCUCCCAUCAGAUGACAUGCUCUUCCAUGACGUCUCCGCUCCUCAGUUCCCUGAACGCUGCUUGCUUCCUGAAGAUCCCCAAGGACAACGCCGUCAUCUUUUGGAAGGUUCGAUCAGUGGAGAACAAGCUGAAGCAGCUUGUGCUCAGUUGAAGGACCCCUUGUCCAUCAAGGAUUGUGUCUACGACAUCUUGGCUACUCAGGACUUGGACAUGGUCGGAGCCUACUAA